AUGUCUUUUACUUUCCCAACAACACCUGUGAAGCAAAAAAGCCUGCAACCUGAAGCUCAACCCUCUUCUUGCUUGAAAAACAACGGCAACGACGUUCAACUCCGAGAAUCCGCUAAUGGCCACAAACAUAGCAUUUCCCAGGUGAGAUUCUCUCUGCCUGCGAAAUCAGAUGGUGACCACGAAUAUGAACAAAAUCCCGACAUUGAGAAGAAGAACCCAGAAUUGACUUCUUCUCCUACAAAAGUAGUAUAUCCCAGAAGUUCGGAUGCCAACACAACCAGCCAUUUCGUGGAUUUCCAGCACAAGGUGAUGGUAGACGUACCAGAACACAUUUGGCAAUCCCACUACAAUAACAGAAAAUCUGGCAGCCCAUGUUCAAGUCCAACAAGACCUCACAAGCGCACACAAUCUCUGCAAUCGGUUAUAGCAGACACUUUGCAAACAUAUCAUACCAAAUUCACCAAAGAGGAGCCGAAACUGAUGGCAGAUCCAGAUCUGCCGCACUUGCCUCCAGCAGAAUUGUAUCUGCGGUCAGAUUCUCCUCUAAACAAAUACAAAGUCGCAGUGCCCUUGGAAGCGUCGCUACCGCCUUAUUUAUCACCGGAAAAUAAGUCCAAGCGUAGAAACAGCUUGGUGUAUGACGGACAAGGUUAUAGUACAUUUUUGGGAGAUUCUGGCGAUGAAGACUCUAUUUUAGGAAGUCCGGAAGCCGAUCAAUCUUCUAGUCAAUACAGUGACCUUUCUAUACCGUCAGCUACUCACGACUAUUCGUUCGAUGCCAAGGAAGAUGUAGACCAGCUUUUAGGUAUCGAUGAGGAUGCCAAUGUGAGUCUCAAAAAGCAAGCGAGAAAUUUGCUCAACAAAAGUUUUAUACCGGCACGCAAACAACUGCCUUCCCUUCCGGAACCUCCCUCUUUUGUUGCCGCUAAAGAGCAACAGCCUUUCAACGAGAAUCAUCAAAUGACGACAAUAGCUUCUCAAGGGCCAACAAACCACUCUCAAAGUGAAGCGUUGAGAAUACUGGGCAGUCCAUCCAAGACUAUAACGAUUCCAAGUCUCGAUCAAGCCCCACCGCCUAGCUCCAGAAGCUCAUUGUCACACUUUAUGACACAAAUGAAUGAUGAACUUCCUUUGCAGGAUUACCAGCCUUCGACCGCUUCGCCCAAAGACGAGAUGAACACCACAUUUCAAUUUCCUUCCCCGUCGAAGCCUCAAAGCACGGAAUCGAGACCACUACCUACAUCUGACGCUCACGACAUAAAAACGAAUUCAGCCGUGACAUCUGAUGCUCACCGCGAGGAGCUGAAGCCUUUAGCGACUCCUGACGCGCACCACAUGGAAGCUGAACCACUCGCAUUAUCUGUAACCCAAGAAGACGAAAAUAUAGAAAAUCGUGAGCAGGACAAUUCAUUCGAACGACGCAGAAAGAUUCUCAGGCAGCAGUCAGAUGGAAGUAACUUUAGGCGGCACACUCACAACAGAAGUCGGAGUAUACACGGCUCCGAAGACUUUUUCAAUGGACUACAUUCACAACACCAUUCGGAUUCCAACCAACCGCCAAGCGUCACAGUACCCGAGCGCUCACCGCGCAGGUCAACGGCAGCCAAUGCGAAAAUGCUCGACAACGGAAAUUUCACAUCAAGUGCUGCGUCGACCCCUACAAAAAACCACUCUAAAUCCAAAGCAUCAUCGGUUGACACUCUUUCUCGAUCAAUUGCAACUCUUCCACACAAUACUUGUGACAAUCGUGGCAAGAAAACGGGAUCAACACUACUAUCAACGAAAUUUGGAGAAUCCGAUAAAUCACCUUCGGUACAGGAGGUUGAGAAGCCCGACUCGUUUAUCCUCAGCGAUUUACAUAGCUCUGAGAGGAGUUCGAGUACGCUGAAACCCACCACGUCGUUGGCAACAGAAUUCUUUGAAAGCCAAGAUCUCAAUUUAUCCGGCCAGUCGCUGAACUCUACUGAAAUAAACACGUCACAAGAGGAGACUGAUGGGGACAAAAGUCUCGAGAUUAUAGGAGAGCGAAAAAUUGAAAAAGUUACACCGCUCUCAACAAUUCAGUCAUUCAAAGCUCCAUUGGAAUUCCCCCCGGUUGCUACUACCACGAACCCAUUGGAAUUUGGAUCCGGGCUUGCUCCCUCUCGGCAAUUAUCAAAUAAUGUAAGCCAAUCAUCGAACGAAUCCAAGGACAGUAUACCAUCACGCCCUUCGACAUCAACUGCAUACUCUCAAGAGCCUACGGGCAGUUUGUCUCCGCUCUUUACUCAAAUAAGCCCCAAGAAAACUAACUCUUUUGUGACCAAGAAGUUCUCAAAAGCUAGUCCAUUAAAUGGCUGCGGACUAUCUGAAUCGGCACCGCUACGUCCUAGGACUCUCCAAGAAUACAUUGGUGAUGAGUUGGUGGAUGUCAUACUUUUAGAAGAUUCCGAUGAAGAUAUUGCAGUCCCCCAUCGAGCAAGACCGAAAUCAUUUCACGAGGAUGCCUUGAAGCAUUUUAGUGAAAUUUUAGAACUUUGCGACAAGACUGCGGACAGAGCAAAGGAUGUGAUUUUGGACCUUGUGACCAUUCCUGCCAGUAAGAAUACCGGAAAAGUGGGGGAUGGUACUGGGUCAAACGCCAUGAUUCACGAUAAUAAGUAUUCGUCUCAUGCCGGCACCCAGUUUUCAUUACAGACACAACAAUACCAUUUAGACAAUGUGGGCUCGUCACCUUCAAGGUACGUCUCUAACCUCGACCGCUUAAGAGUGCUCGGCAAAAAGCGCUGA